AGUAGUAUUAGUGGCACCGGGCGGUUUAGUUUUUGUAUUUCGUUCGUGCCUUCGUGUCUUGUUGAAAAUCUACUUCUAGUUUUUCCUUGAUGGUGAUGUAUCAAAACAUCUUUUGUGUUAUUGUUCGUGCUUCUUUGUGAGAGGACAGUUUUCGCACGAACCCUGUAUGCAAAUAUUGUCAUAAUGAGUGUGUCACGGCGCCAACUGUUGCGCCUUCUAAGGCUCCGGAACCUUCUCAUGCUCACACUUCUAGUGGUACUGUUGUACAUACUGAAAUUACUGAUGAACUUAGACGCAAGUAAUCAGUUGGCAAACCAAGCCGGGGAAGCAUUUAAUAUACCGCAGAGAUUCCAGCAAGAUAGAGAUAUUUUCGUACCUGCCACUUUAAAGAAAAUUGACUGGCAUGACUAUGUGCUGAUACAACAUGAAAGGAAACGAGUGGGAAUUGGUGAGCAAGGAUUGCCAGCACAUUUGCCAAAAUCGGAGUCUAAAAAAGAAAGCGAACUAUAUGCAGUGAAUGGAUUCAAUGGCGCUUUGAGUGACCAAAUUCCGCUGAAUCGUUCUCUACCUGAUAUACGCCAUCAUGACUGCGAGAAGAAGCUGUACAUUGCGUCUUUGCCUACCGUGAGCGUAGUGGUUCCUUUCCACAACGAGCAUUGGAGUACGCUGCUCAGAACCGCCUAUAGCGUUCUACUACGAUCACCCAAUACUCUGAUAAAAGAAGUAUUCCUAGUCGACGAUGCAAGUACCAAAGAUUUCUUAAAGGAGAAAUUAGAUGUAUAUCUAGAGGAGAACAUGCCGAAAGUGAAGGUCAUUCGCCUAGAAGAGCGCAGUGGUCUCAUAACAGCUCGUCUGGCGGGAGCCAAGCGGGCCACGGCUGAUGUCCUUGUGUUCCUGGACUCGCACACCGAAGCCAAUGUCAACUGGUUACCGCCCCUACUAGAACCGAUAGCGUUGAAUUACCGCACGGUAACGUGUCCGUUCAUAGACGUGAUCGCGUAUGACACGUUUGAAUAUCGCGCGCAAGACGAAGGAGCUCGCGGCGCGUUCGACUGGGAGUUCUUCUAUAAGCGUCUGCCAAUACUGCCGAAGGACGAAAAGAAUAUGCCGGAGCCUUUUGAGAGCCCAGUAAUGGCCGGAGGAUUGUUCGCAAUAUCGCGCAAAUUCUUCUGGGAGCUGGGCGGUUAUGAUCCCGGUUUGGACAUCUGGGGUGGGGAGCAAUAUGAGCUGAGUUUUAAGAUAUGGCAGUGCGGUGGUCGCAUGGUAGACACUCCGUGUUCUCGCGUCGGUCACAUCUACCGCAAGUUUGCGCCUUUCCCCAACCCGGGACACGGGGACUUUGUUGGAAAGAACUACCGUCGCGUCGCCGAAGUAUGGAUGGACGAGUACGCCGAGCACUUGUACUCGCGUCGGCCGCAUUACCUCAAGAUCGACCCGGGAGAUAUCUCAGAACAGAAAGCCCUCAGGGAGAAACUACAGUGCAAAUCUUUCAGAUGGUUUAUGACACAGAUCGCAUUUGACUUGACAGCUAAAUACCCGACCGUGGAACCUAAUCCAUUUGCCAAAGGCCGUGUUCGACCAGCUUCCAACCCGAAGAUGUGCAUAGAUGCUAACCACGGGGAAUCGAUGGACAAGCUGCAUAUCAAGCCCUGCUCCGAUACCGAGACUGAACAAGAGUUCGUCUUCUCUUGGCAUAAGGACAUCAGGCUUUCAACGCGGAACAUUUGUUGGGAUCUACCUGAGUCUGCAGCGAAAAGUCCGAUACGAUUGUUUUCCUGUCAUCUCGGAGGAGGUAACCAGUUAUGGAGGUAUAAAACGGACACGAACCAAAUAAAACACGGCGACGAUGACCACUGCAUAGACUGGAGCCCUUCAACCCGGGACCUCUACAUCAACGCCUGCGACGAAGCUAAAGGCACGCAGCGCUGGAACAUCGACCACGUGGAUAAUGAGAUGAUGAAGAAGUGGACCUCAGUUCGGACGAGGAUCACAGGUCCUGUCGAAGAGGCUUAAACUUGUGUGGCCGGUUGCAUUGAAACUUUGUGAGUUAUUUUUGUCUAUCUUCAUCAGACUUUUUGCUGUCCCACUGCUGGGCACUGGCCUUCUCUCAUACAGAUAGAAUUGAGUAUGACGCUCUUGCCUAAUGCGGGUUGAUGAUAUCAGACUUUAUAAUCCAGGUUUCCUCAAGAUAAUUUCUUGUGCUUUUUAAUCAGUCUAUGGUGUCCAAGAUAUAUUUAUUAUUUUGAUAUAUUUAUGAGUAUAGAAAUUUAUUUUUUAUGUGAUGUCAAAGUAUUAAGUCUUUUAUCGCACAUCGAGUUGCCAUCCAAUUCUUUACAAAAUGGGUUGUUAAGCAAAGAACUCUGUCUUUUGUAAAGGUGUAUAGGCUACAACAGCUUUAUGCCUACAUUUCGAGAUCAGUAUUUUCGACUUUAAUGACAUCAAUAAAGUAAUUAUAUUUCUACAGUAUUAUGUGAAGCAAGUAAAUGUUGAAGGAGGUUUUAAUGCAACCGGCAGCCGCUAUUUGGUUUUAUAUAAAAUCUAGUUCAAAAAUCGAUUGUGAAAUAAUUUGUAUUGCGAAAAUACUAGUCUGCAAGCCGAUAGGCUUGACUCUGAUGAUUCGCUUUUUCAAUAAGUUCCUUUAUGAAAUACUUAUUAUACUGACGUUACAGGUAGGUGACAGAUUCAGAGUUUUUUUUCUGAGCCGACUUUUACACUCUAUUCUGUCCAUCCAUCCAUACAUUUUAUAUGUAAGCUCUUAGCGAAAACUACUGAUAACGUAUAUGAAAUAAAAUUUGGUACACAGUCUCAAGUGUGAGAAAGGAUGUAGGCUACUUUUUACUAGGUUGAGGGAAGAAGUUCUGCUGAGACGUGAGAGCAACCGCGUUAGCAGCUAGUAUUAUAUGUAAUAUAUUUUUUGUUGUUUCCCAGUCUCGAGAAUUUUAACAUCUGACCUUAUUAUAAUGAAUAACUUCGUAGGUUGACUAUGUACGUAAAGAAGGUACUACUUAAUGUAAAAUGAGUGAUAGGGCUACACUUGCCAUUGGAAAUAAACGAUACUUAUGGUAAAAUAAUAAUGUUAAUUUAAAUAAUAUUGAUUUUGACAAAUUAGGACGCUUUAGCUUCCAAUAAAAAUACCAAAAAUAUAGUAAUGAUAUGUUUUUGUAGCCUAACUUAGUUCGAUGUAUAUAACUGUUAUGGUAGGUAUUUAAUGUUAGCAUUUUGAUGGUUUAUGUGCAAAUCUAUACGUGGUUUUAUUAAUUGAUUCAAACUUGGAAUACGUACUAAUGAAAUAAUACUGGCAAAAUGUGUAUCGAAAUUGUCGACUAUUUUUUUAUCGUUUAGUUUUGUAAUAUUACGGCUAUUACUAACUUUUUUUGAAAAUUAUUUAAUAUCUCGGGAUAAAUAAAAAAUCUUUGACGACUUUUGUCAUUACAUAUUUGCUACAUUCAAUAUUGGAUUUAUACAGGAGCUAAUUUUGCUGCAUUUUAAUGGCUUACAUAAUUUUCAGAAGAUAUUUUUAAUUUAUUGUUUUUCUUAAAUAAUUUUAUGUUCGUAGUAUUAUUAUGUGCUUAGAAGAUAAAUUUGAUGUGGCUUGAUCGUUUAAAGAUCUUAUUUAAUAAUAUAUUAUACAUUGGUUCUUUAUUUUUGUGGUAGGUUGUUGUGUAUCUGCAUUCUGCCAGUUGUGUUUAAAUUCCAUGUUAUAGUUAAUGAGCUAUCCUAUGAAUUAAAUGUGAUAAUGAUACAAAUUAUAACUGAAAACAUUUUUAUAUCCUACGAUAAUUUAUGAAUGUUUAGAUGUCAAAAGUUGACGAUCUAUUAAUUUACAGAAAUUAAUUACUAUUAGUAAAGAGGCACGCAUUCACAGCAGCAUAAUAACUAUAUAUGUAGAUAUAUCGAUUAUAUUUUUUUAGUAGAAUGUAGAAUAUAAAUAGAUAGUGGAAAUUAGUCAAGGUUAAAAUUAACUUGUAAGUAGUUAUUUAUUUUUAGGCAUUAUGAAAUUUUGAAUGUUAACAUACUAUUGUGAACUUUCGAUGUUGAAUUAGAAUCGGUGUUAUUAAAUUGCUAAAAUGUUAUACAAUUAUUAAAUCUUUGGACAUUUCAAACCUUUAAUGAAUACUUCCAAAUGCUUAGUGUUAAAUCUGUAUUUUUCUACGCUUUUAUAGAGGCAAGGAUGGGCUUUAGUGCCAUUGAUAUGUCGAUAUCGAUGUUGUAUACGGUGUUGGUCAUGGUAAAUAUUGAGUGCUUGAUAAUUUUAAUAUGCUAAAGUAGGGUGCUUGUAGGUCCUGCUAAAACUAUAACCGUGAAUAUUAAUUACGUGAUAUUUGCCGAAUGAGGCAGUAUAAGUUAGAAAAUGCUUUUACUUUUAAAGCCAUAAAUUUCGCAUUUUUGUACAACAUAGACUAUUUCGUAGUGAUGUAGGUAUGUGUGUUUCGAAAUAUAUUUGUUGUGCUGACAUAUUUUUUGUAUAUACCUAUUGUAUUGUUGAUUUGAUUGUUUGUACGAGUCUAUUCCAUUGUGAAACAUAUCACUAGUUGUAUAUAAGCACUUAUAGUUUUAUUUGUAUAUUGAUAAUAAAUUAUUUUUAUAAUGCAAAA